AUGGAUUAACUUAAAAUUGAAAACUUAAUUUCAGAAAAUUCAAACUUAUUUCAAAUAUCGACCAACGCACUUUUUUUUAAUUUGAUUAUUGAAAUGACCAAUUUAGCUAUUUCUAAUCUUUAAAGACAAGAUAAUCUCAAUUAUUAGAACUUUAUAUUUUACAUCAGACAUUGUUUUCACUGUCAUGUAAAUUAAAUUGAAAUUAAAAAUAUCAACAAUAUUACAACGUUCUUUUUUCUUGAAAGCAAUAUCAUUUUAAUAGAAAAUUUUAAAUUUUACUAAGAUGUUAAAAAGAAUUAAGUACAUUAUUCCUAAUUAUGUAGAUAAUAUUAGCUUUUAUAAAAAUAACUUAUCUAUAUACAAGGGUUUAGUUAAUUUAAAUUAUAGAAUGGGGAAAUAAUUGACUCGUAAUUAAUCGAUUCAAAAGUAAUUGAAAUUACAUCAACUUUGUAAGAUUAAAUUAAUAGUAAAGAAACUAUUGAAAUAAAAGAUAUAUUUUUUAAAAGGAAUAUCAUAUAAUAGAAUUAAUAGAGCAUGCUAUCGUUAUUAGGAAUAUACUCAGAAAACAAGUAGUUAAUAAUCAUCUAAAAUUUGUCAUUUGUUAACAAUUUCUUCCAUUAAUAUGAAGAUGACCCAAAUGAAAAUUCGGCUGGUUUAAUUAACAUUCAUUCUACUUAAGGUGAAUUAUAGUUAUCGAAUAUAUUUUGUCAGGAAAAUGCUAUUACAAACUCAUCAACUUCCUUUAUCUAUAUUAUUUCAAAGUCCAUCAGCCUUAAAAACUAUAUAAUUAAUAAUCAUAAUAUAAUCAAUUAAUAAUUAUGGAGUGAAUUCUACAAACUAGAGCUUGAUCAGUAAUAUAAUCAAGAUCAAAUUAACCAAAUCAUAUCAUAGAUUUAUCCAAUAAAUGUUAAAGGUGGUGCUGCUAAAAUAAUUACUGAGCAAUUAGUGUGUACAAAUUCAACUUUUCAAAAUAUUAUGGCUCAAACUAGCUCAAUCUUUGAAAUUCGAACAUUAGGUUUAGGUGUUGUCAAAUUUAACAACAUUUCUAGUAAUCUAAUAUUUAAUAUUAAAAGAGACAGCAAUGAUAAUUCUGGUUGUAUUAACAUUAAUUCUUAAAACAGUAAUCUAGAUUUAGAAUUAAUCAAUUCAAGCUUUAGAAAUGUAUAGAAUGGAAUGAGCACAGUAAUAUUAACUGUUAAACCAUCACAAAGAAAAACCAUUAUAUAACUUCGGCAAAUAUAAAUUAUAAAUUGUUUUUCAUUCUUAAACUAAAUCUUUUAAAUAGAAUUUUCAACUUACAACAAUUAAAAAUUAAAUUAAUUAUCAAUUAUAAACAUGACUGUUAUCUUUGAUGAAGAAGAAUGGAUUAUUUAUUUAUCAAAAUUUUAAGAGCUAAGUCAAACUGAUAUUGCAUAAAUUACUGAUGAUAAUUCAAUAUUUAAUAUAGUUGGAGGUUAGAUUUAAAUCGAUCAUUUUUUUAUACAAGGUAUUAUCAUAUCACCAAUUUUUAAAAUACUAAACGCCUUGAAAUUAAAAAUAAGGUAUUGUUAUAUAAAUGAUCUGUAAUCCUUCUAUCCUUAAUAACUUAUUAUUAUAAAUUAAUAAUCAAAUUCUACGGUUUUAAUGGAAAAAAUAGAAAUUUAAAGAUAUUCAAUCUACCAAUUAAACAUGGAAUAAUAUUAAAUUUAAAAGUCCCCGUUGUUUAGAGUCGUAGGAUGUUAGCUCUAAUAAUUGUCUUAAUUAACUUAUUUAAAUUCUAAAGUAAUUAUAAAUGAAAACAUUAAAUAAUUGACAAAGUCAACCUAAAAAAUGAGUUAUUCGCUUAUUAAAGUUGUAAGCUCAAAUAGUUAAUCGAAAUUAAUAUUUAAUUAAGUGAAAGUACAUUAAAACAAUUGUUUAAAUUGCACUUAGGGAGUGUUUUAUUUUAGUCUUUCUGACUUUAAGCUUGUUAGAAUUGAUGAGUUUUAGUGUUAUCAAAAUGAAGUUCAAGAAUAUGGAUGCUUAUAUCUAAAAGCAGAUAAAUAGAAUAGUAGUUAAUUGGCAGUGAUAUAGAAUUCUGUAUUCAUUAGAAACAACGGAAGUUAAGGGAGUGGAAUAUAGGUUGAGAAUAUUAAGCUUGUAAUAAGAUAUUGUAAAAUACUUGAAAAUUAUGCACUCAAAACAGGAGGAGGAAUGCAAUUAGAUAUCAAUGACAACGAAUUCCAUAUUUAAUAAUCCAUCUUCAUGUUGAAUAAGGCUAAAGCUGGAGGUGGUAACUUUUUACAAUAAUAAAAUAAUUUAAAUGCAGAAAAUUUUUUAAAUUCUUUUUUGCUUUUUAAUUAUGCAGAAGUAUAUGCAAAUAAUCUAGUUGAAGCUCCAACCCAUUUAAGUAUUUAAAUUAAUCAAAUGGAAAUCCCAUCAGUAUAAUAAUAUUUAGGAGAUAAACCCAUUUCAGCUUCAGUAAUAAAACCGUAUAAUAUUGUUGAAUAAGGUUCAGUAUUAAGGGCCAAACAGCUAAUGAUUCCUAGCGAUUAGUAGAUCAAGAAUUAUAAGAUCUACAUUCCAAAAUUCUCAAUAUUUAGGAGCUAUAUUUAAAUAAUAUCUAUACAUUUUAACAAUCGAUUUAAUGAAAAAAUGGAGAAUUUAUAUAAUUCUUCUUGCUUAAUAGAGGCAACAAUAACAUUUGAAAACAAAAGCGUAGCCUCUAAUGAGAGAACAGUCUAAAGCCUUUUUUAUGAUAAUGAUGUUAAAGUUAUUGAUUUAAGUUCACUCUCCUUCAAGUUUGAUCCUUAUUUUCAAGAUAAUAAAAUUUUAUCAAUUUAAUUAAAUUGUAAGGCUGAUAAUGACGAAUAACCAUUGCAAUACAUCAUUUAUGCUAAAACAUUAAAAUGUUAAUAAGGAGAAUUUUAUGUUGAUAAGGGUUGUUAGGUUUGCUAAUCUAGUUAAGGAUUUUACUCUGUAACAUACAAUGCUACUAAAUGUUCAAUUUUUGACAAAGAAAAAUUUGAAAAUAUUACAUCAAAUAAAAUCAAUCUUUUGGAGGGAUUUUGGAGACCUAAUUAUCUUUCUGAUUAAGCAGAAAAAUGUAUAAAAACAAUAAGUUUUGUACUGGUGGUUGGGAUGUUGGAAAUAAUCUAUGUCUUGAAGGUCAUUUAGGAGGCUUAUGUGAAGAAUGUGAUAAUUUUGAUGUUAGAGGAGAUGGGAUGUUUUAUAGAAACUUAUAGAAUGCUCAAUGUUUUGGAUGUUAAAGAAUGUAAGACAGUAUUAUACCAUUUUUAUUAACUUCCAUAUGGGCUAUAAUCUCUAUUUUAAUAACUUUAAGAAGUAUUGAAAAAUCAAAUAGGUUAUUCUCAUCCCUAAAAAUUAGAUAAAGAUUUAGUAAAAUUAUUUUUAAAUCAUGAAAGUAUUCUUAUCAAAAUGUUGUUGAACUACUUGUGGAUAUUUUCGGUAAUAUUCACUUUCAACACUAAUUUUUCAUUUUCGUUAAAUUUUAUUGAAUUGACAAGCAAUUCUUCAUAUUUUAUGGCGAAUAAUUUAGAUUGCUAUCUAUCUUCAAUGCAAAACGUUGAGAUUAUCUAUAUCAGAAUUAUCACCAUGUUGAUUUUGAUAGCCAUCCAACUAUUAAUUAUUUGGAUUGGGUUUAGUUGUUAUUCUUUAUGUAAAAAUUGGAUUUUUAACAAAAGUAUUAUUUCAAAUACAGUGUUAUAUUUAUAUGUAUCAAAUUAUGCUGCCUUAGUCAAAUAAUUUUGUUCAAUCAUUUCAAAAAGAGACAUUUCAAAUAUUUCCUAUGUUUAAGGAGACGUUUCCCUUAUUUAUGGAACCGAAACUCAUAUAUAAUGGAUGAUGAUGUUUGCAAUUCCAGGUCUCGGAGUUAUUGGGAUCUUAAUUCCCUUUUCUCUAUUUUUUUUAAUGUAUGUUAAUAGGGAUCAAUUAGAUUAAAUUAAGUUAAGAAGGCAUAUUUGUUAUCUAUUUAACGAAUAUAAUUCAGAAAGCUAUUAUUGGGAAUAAAUUAAACUAUCAAAAAAAAUAAUCAUCAUCAUUAUCUUGACAUAUUUUGAAAAUAAUGUAUUAUUAACAGCCUCUCUGCUUGGGUUAUGCUUGCUUUUCUACUAACUCUUAGCAGUAAAAUAGAAGCCAUAUAUUAUUCAAAGUUUGAACUUUUUAGACAUACAAACUGGAUAAAUUUGUUCGAUCUCCAUAUUUAUUAGCGCAGCAAAAUAUGUAUCAGAAAAGGAAAAUGUUACGCCCUUAUCAGUUCUACUUCAAAUUUUUAUAAUUAUUCUAUGCAUCAGAUUAUGUUAUCCAUUUAUUAUCAAUAUUUUUAGAGUCUAUUUUAAGAAAUACAAACUAGCUUCAAUAGAUUUAUUACACAGUAUACUUAGAUCAAUAAAAUCAGAUUUUUUUCUUACUAGAUAUUUGAAUAAUCAAUUAAGAAAGUUAAAUUAUCAAGAGCAGCGUCGAAGAGCUAAUUUUUCUAAAUUAAGAUGCCAUUUAAUAUAAAUAUCAAAGCUUUAAAUAGGACAUCAAAAGUACUGA